UACGACCAACCGACUCGAAUGAUAUCGCUUUCGUCUUGCUAAUGACCCGGAGCCGUGCUAAUCACCCCUGCCCCGUUCCCUUCCUUCGCGCAACCUCCGCACAAACCGACGCUUGCGCUCACCUCCCCUCCGUGACAAAGAAAAACUCCUCCCACGUCUCCGAGGAAACCGUCUCUCCUCCCUGAAUCGCGCCGCCAUUAGGUGUGCCCAAUCAAACGCCACGGCAGAGCCGGCACGGCAUCCCGACGAUGCAGGCGCAGGUGGUCCGUGCUCUCACCCUCUCAUCUCGGCGGCGCAGGCGGUUCGUGCAGGAUUUGAAUGGGGAGGGGAAGGUUGCAGCCGCGGCAAAGGGGAGCGUGUUGCGUCUGGCGAGCACCGGAUUGGGAGGUGUCGAGGUGAGGCCACUAGAUUUCAUCAUAUUUCUCGUGUUUUCAUUCUGUUCCGUGCUUGCGCCCAUAAUUUUAAAGCAGAAAGUACUGGAGCCUGGAAGUAGUUUUUCAAGUGGGCGGGGCAGUGGGGCGGCGGCGACAGUGACGAAGACGACGAGGGCGCCGACAACAAUGUCGUGCGGGGAGCCUACAUCCGUGCAGGGUGGAAUUGUCACGGCUAUGACCAUAAAUUAUGGAGUACUCCUUGGUUUUGUUCGCUCUAAUGGUUCCAAGGCACCGAUCAGGAUCAGCUUCCCUGUCCAAAGACGAUGCAGGUCCAGCCAUCUAAUCUAAACUCAGUUUCUGCAGGUCCAGUGGGACAGCAUUUGCCCGUUAUCUGGCCAUCGAUCAGAACAGAGAGCUUUCUAAAAAACCAUAUUGUUGAUCAGAACAGAGAGUCAGACUUUUUUUUGUUAUUUUAGUUUGGGUUGAUUUAAUGCUUAUUUUUUUUUCCUGGGUGUAAUGGCCUAAUACCGGUAUGGACUAUUUGGUUUACAACC